AUGGCGCACGCCUCCGUAUUCCGGCACUCUGCGUUGGCUUCGAGGGAACUCUCUGUGUCUGCUCGCAGUCGCCGGUCUCUCUCCACGCGUGGCGGGAGGUCCGCCGGCCCCUGCUUGGGGCCUCAUCCUCCGCUCUCGCUUUCGGCUGCGUCAACCUGCGUCGCGGGUCCUGGCCGCCCCCCCUCUUGUCUAUCCCGCUGCCGCGGUAGACCCUACUUGCAUGGGCUCCUGCCGCAUGCAUCCGCAACUUUCUCGCGCGCGCGUCCCUCCUCGACCUCACGCCCAACCGAUGGCGCGCUGUCAUCCCUGGGCGUGGAGCCCCAGAGUGGAGAGCUUCGCCAGACAUGCAGUUUGUCCAACACACGCGCCAGGCUUGCGCGUACGGCCGGCGCAGAGUCGCAGCCACGUUGGGCGGCUUCAGACGGCCUCUCACUCGUUCCGCAGGCGCCCCCCCCUGCCGACUUCCCCCCACUAGAGCCUCUGAGGCUGCCUGGGUCGUCGGCGUCGCGCUACGAGCGUGCUGCGCUGCCCUUUGCGCUCCCGCGUUCGCCUCUGCUUCCAAAGUAUCAGAAGCUCGCGUUCAGCUACAACGCGGCGCCUGGGGGGCAUGGGGCCAAAACCACGAAGAGAGGCCGCCACGCGCGAAGCGCAGCGUUGCUGGACUUGACAGGCGCGCGCGAAGGUUCGCGUGUCUGCGACCUCGACUCUGAUCCUGUCUGUUUUCGCCGCGGCAUCCGCGCGCGGCGUGUGUGCGGCUUCCAGGCGACGCCGCCUCGGCGUUCGCCAUUCCUCUGCACCGCGGCAGAGUCACACGGCCGGCUGGCGUUCUUCCGCGCCCCCAGGGGGGGGCCUGUCUCUUCCUGCUCGCCUAACCAAUCGUCAACCUCUGCGCCUGGGCUGCAAACGCUCGCGUCUGCUAACCCUGCACCCGUGGGGCUCCGGUGUGCCUCGUUAUCCCGAAUCGUCGCCCCCGCCUCGGCGUCCUCUUGCGCCGGUUCAUCUUCGUCGUUUUCAACUUUAGCCAAAUCUGCUGCUUGGUCCUCGAGGUCAGCUUCCAGUCCACGCGAGCAGGCGGCGGAUGCGCUGCGCCUGGCCGCACUCGCUGAGUCUCCGGCGGCAUCAUCCCCCCCUGCGCUGGCUAAUCAGCCGCGGCCGAGUUCCCCCCGCGCUGGUGGAGACGAAAAGUUGCGUUGCUCUUUCCAGAAUUCAAGCACAGGGGUCUCAUCCAGCCAGCCAGGUUCUUCAGACCCGCUCCGCGAAGCCACGACGCGCAAAGCAGUUUCUCCUAAGCGCUUGCUCUCUGCGGAGCGGGAGGAUACGCCGUCUUUGCCUUCUUCUCGCCCGGUGCAGAGCGUACCCCUAACGCCGGAGGCGAGCGCCGCAGAUGCUGAUUCCUCUCGGGAGAGCCCGCCGUCCGCACGCCCUUCCUACUUAGCCCCUUCGUCUUUCGGGGCUUCACCAGUUGUGCCUCAGUUUCCGACCGCUAUCGUCUCCUCGUACGGCCUCUCCGCCCCUUCGGCCGCGUUCCUUCCGGCGCCGGUCUCCUCGCCUGGCGGGCCUCCACGCCGUCUCAGCGCCGCGCGAGCGUCCCAGGCAGAAGGCGCUGCCGUGGGGGCUGCUGCAGCCGCUGCCUCGGCGCGCCGAAUGGUGCAAGUGUGCGAAAUUCUUCAGUGUGCGGAAGAGGUGGAUCGCAUCUUUGCGCAGGGCGCCGAGAAAGGCAGGGGCACGUGGUUUCGGGGGCGAAGAGAACGAGCUCCGUCGCGAAGUCUCUUGGGCGCGCGGAGGCCCCCUGCUGUGGAGGGAGACGCUUUCCUAUCGUAUGGCCACGCGAUGUGCGCCCAUCUUGCCCGGCGAGCCGCCGCGUCGCCAGCAGAGACGCCCGCUCCGGGCCCGCGUCCAGAACUGUGCAUGAACCACCAGUUUCCUAUUCUCGCGAACGAAGCAAUCAAGGGCUUGUUUUCGCGACUUUUUCAUCCGAAACAGACGUUUGCUCGAACGAGACGGAGGCCUGAUAAGUGGUUACACAAAGCGCGGACAGGGCGAGGCCUGCGAAGAGGGGCGCUGCCCGCGCUAUGGCGUCACCGCGUCGCGCUGGAGUCUCCGCGUCGUGCCGCUCACGCCGGCGAAGACGCAGCACGGCCGAGGCGGCGCGGCUGUCCGGCCUGCGACAAGGCCGUGCGCAGACCCAGCCGCAGCGGACGUCUCGAGCGCAGAGGUAGCCGAAGACGAAGCUCCCUCAGUCCUAGAGAACGCUGGCAGCGGCGUGCAGAUCAGGCCACUAUCGCCAUGUCGGCGUCCCCUGCGACCUACCCUGUCUGGUCGUUGUCUCUGCCCGAGGGCGUCUACAAAGGUCACCCGUGCCCGUCUUCUUUUCCAAUCGUCGUGCGCCUUGAGAGAAGACCGCAGGCGACGCCGACUGCCCCUGAGACCUACGGGAGAGCGCGGAGAAGGACGCGAAGACGGACUAAAAGUCCGCCAGAGACCGAAGGCGCCCUGGCGCGGCCGCCGUCGCCCUCCGGGCCCGCGGCGCGUGUCUUUGAGUCCGCCGAAGCACGCGUUGCAGAUUGGACUGCUGAAGAAGCUGCGGGCUUCACCCCGCUGCUGGUGCGCGUCACGUCCUCAACUCCGACGAGCACCCUCUGCCAUGCCGCUCUUGAGGGGAGCGAGAAUGAAAAAAGCGCAGAUGCUUCAUUAGCACAGCCGCGAGAUCUACGCGAGGAUGGACGCGGGGCAGAUGCGCCUGCGCCAGGCGAAACAGAUAGGACUGAAGGUGAAUUGGGCGCUGGAGAUCGAGUGAACGAUUCUUUGACCGACGGCGCUGUCGCGCGUUCUACGCCAGUGUCUGCACAGCAGGACAUGGAGGGGAAUAGGCUUCCUUCAUUGACCGGCGCACAGCGGCAGGACGUGGAAUGCCGUCCUGAUGACCUACACGUGGAGUGCCGCAAGAAUGCGGCGGUCGCGGAAGCGGGCGAGGCGUGGCGUGCGGAUGCCGCCGUAGCGGCAUCCCAGGGAGGUGAAUGCGCAGAUAUGCAAACGGACAGAGAAGGCCUGCCGGCGUCGCAGGGCAGCCCCGACGUAGCGGGCUGCCCUGCGACUGCCGCUCAGCGAAUUCGGGAUGCAAGGGGGCUGUCAUCCGAUUCUGCCUCCGAUGUGCUCAGCGCGUCGCGGGAACGACCGACCUCAGGAAUGCCCGCGGAUGUGGCGCGGGCCGCCGAUGCCGUUGACGUGCCGGUCAGUCUUGCGCAGGCGCCGUCCUUCCCUGCGACUCAACCGCCGGAAAUCGCGCCGGCGUUUCCUUUCGGCGCAGAUGACCCAACAAAGGCAGCGAAUGAAGGCCGCGACCGCGUCGGAACCGAGCGCGGAGGAAAGACGACGGAGGGGUCGUGUGCAGUAUCGCGCGGUAGGAAGCAAACGCAUGCGAGCUUGGCAUCGCCGUCUGCAGCUGCUGACAAGCGAGGUCCGCGGUCAGGCGACGAGCCCAUGUGGCCAACGUGGCGAGGCGGUUCGCUGCCCCAGCAACUUGAGAAUCUCUUCGUGGCUUCGGCUCAGUCGCUUCACGUGUGGUUGGCGGCCUUCCCUACGCUGCAGAGACUCUGCGACCGAGCCGGAAGAUGCUUUGCUUCUGUCCGCGCGCGCGUGGGUGAAUGGUGCUUCCAGAACGGGAAUGUGCUGAUCACCACUGGCUCUGUUUUGUCUCUGACAGGGACGGUAAUGGCGGAUAUGCGCCUGCUUCGCGGCUUCAACCUUCUCGCGGGUGUCUGCUUCUUCUCCUACAACUGCUCUCGAAGACCGCCUGUGAGGGAUGCGGCGACGUGGAAUAUCGUUUUCUUCUCCUUGAACUUCUUUAUGCUUUACCGGUACCUGACUGAGCACAAUGAAGUCGGCUUCACCAACGAGGAGCUCGACGUGUUUGAGAAGUACUUCCUUCCAGCUGGCCUGUCGCCGCGCCGCUUUCGAACGCUCCUAACAAUUGGUCAGUGGGAGACUCUGCCCGCAGGCACCGAAAUCACGCGGCCGGGGGAUCCCGUCACGACGCUUGUUUUUGUUGUGCGCGGCCGAGUCGAUGUCUUCCAGCACGGCGACCUCCUUGAGCGCUACGACGGCGGCGACCGGCACCCCGUCAUAGGCCUGGAGGCGUUUCUCUCGUACGUCUCGGCGCUGCGGCGGCUCGCGGCUCUGGGCGAAAGCAAGAAAUCCAAGCCCUCCGCGGGGACGGCGGGCGCCAGUGCCAGCGACUCGCUCUCCGCGGCUUCGCUGCUCCCCGCGGCCAGACGCGCUCAGACACUCGAGGGGGCAGGGCAGCUGGCGCCGCAGUGCGUCGGCCCUCCCGGGCUGCCAGCACAGAGCUGGAGAGCGCAGACUGGAUUCGACGGCUCCUCUGCAGUCGCCUUCGAUGCCGCGACGAACGCCGGAGUGGCGCUGGCCGCUGGUGCUGCGUGCAGCGCAGGAUCGCUUGGGCGCGGCAAAGGGGGCCUGGGCUCCGGGGGGACGCGGGUGGGGCGAGGCGGCGCAGGCCCAAGCAACGAGGCGCUCGAGUCCGCCGCGGCGACUGGCUUCGCGGUCGCGCCGGGAGACGGGCAAGACGAAAAGGAGGAUGAAGAGGAGGAGGACGGUCUAUUGUUGCCUCCGCUCAAGGCAGAGGUGGGUACGGUUCCAGAAUCUGGUGCGGCCGAGGCGGCGGCGGGCCCCACCUGCCACACGCUCCCGUCGUACGUCGACGAGGCUGCACUCGUCCCCGAGGAAGAAGAAGAUGACGAGGAGGAAGACGAAGCCAUUUGGUCGCGCUUGAUUCGCUCCGGACGGCGACGCAACGUUCGCGGGAUGCUGCGGGAAGAGGAGGAGGCGCGGUCGACACAGGAGAAGGAAAUCGCGGAGUCGCUCAAGUCUGGGCGCGCCUCGGACCGGCGCGCCGUGUGCAGCACAGACUGCGAUGUGCUUGUCUUCGAUAUCGAGACCGCUGCCCGAUUCAUUCUCGACGAUCCUGUGAAAAUUGGCUUCCCCGUCCUGCAAGGACUCGCGUCGGUCCUUGUCGAACGUUCCUACGCUGAGUCUUCGCGCCUGGCGAUCAGCAGCUACGAUUCCGUUCUAGCCGGCGUUUUGUCCGACGGCUCCGUACAAGCCGAAGAGCGGCAGUUCCUGGAGGAGUGGCGCACGCGGCGCGGCAUCAGCGAGGCGCAGCACGUCGAGGCUUUGCACCGCUUUGGCUGGUCGGCGGAGGAGUUUGAUAGGGGGGAGAGAGCCGGGUCAGACGUUGGCGUGACCACCAAAGUGGGGCGAGCUCUGUACUCCGUGGUAACCCUUGGCUUUUUGAGAAGCGGCGAGGACUCGGCGGUUCCUUCUGGAGAAGAGGCGAAUGACAAGAACCCGCAGGCUGCUCAGAGCCCCGAGGACGCGAGACAGGACGAACAGAUGAAGCAGGCCGCUGGCGCGUCUCCCGCGCAGGUCGGGCCACGUCUCGAGGCUGCGCCGCCCGUGGCAGAAAAAGGCGGAAAGGUGACAGAGGACGCGCAGGGCCUCAGCCGACCUGGGAGUCAAGUUGACAGAACUGCGCAGAUUCCCGGGGAGCUGGGUGGCCGUCCCAGCAGAUCUCGUGUCGGGCUGCCGGGGGAGAGAGACCAAGCACCGAGCGGAACGGCAAGUCUUCGCCUAGAGGGCUUGCAACGUGGCACUGACGGCGCCUCCGCAGACCGCGGGGCGCCCAUGCCUGACUGUCAGAAGAGCUCGACAGCAAAUACGGAAUCGCGCGUCCUGGAACGCCGCGCCAUAGGUGGUGUCGGUGGCUACACAGCGUGA